CAAAACUGGUGCUUACGUAGAAUCCCUACGAAUAAUCUUUUGGAAAGAUGUUUUACCAUUUGGUGUGGUGUUUUGUAUCGUCAACGUAGCAUUUGGUGGCACCUUUCUCCUUGUUUUAAAAGGCGAAGACAGCUUGGAAACACAUAACGAAACAAGUUCACUGUUUGGAAUCUGGUAUGUUGGUAUUAGGACACUGAUAGAGGCACAGCCAGUUGUAGAAUAUACUGGAGAGGAAGGCUACAAGCUCGCAGGAACAUUUGUGAUGCUGCUUUUUAUGUCAAUGACGACUGUAGUUUUGCUGAAUAUUCUAAUAGCGCAAAUUAGUGAGACUUACCAAAACGUUCAAGUUGACGCUUGGAAAUCUGUUGUAGUGAACAGAGCUUUGAUCAUAACGCGUUUGGAGAGAAACAGAUCACACUUCACGUUUUGCAAGAAUUUGUUCAAUGGAAAAGAAGUGUAUGAGGAAGACGUAGAAGGCAACAACCUGGAGAAAAUGGUAGAGAAGCAUUUGCAGCCUAUGAAGCAAAUCGAGUCCAAAUUGAUAGACAUACAAAACAAGUUGGUAAAGAAUGAUCUAAAUGUGGAAACGGUGAAAACACGACUGAAUAAGUUGAAAGAAAUGCUGGCUGGCACACAGAACACUUUGAAGUCUUUAACGAAAGAUUUGGACACCAGCAU